GCUCCGCGCCCGGGGCACGCCUCCCCCCGAGCGCUGUGUGUGUCCCUUUAAGAGUCUCCUCUCGGCGUCCCACGUGUGUGAUCAGCUGAUGGUGACGCUGGGGGGAGAGCGUUCCCCAGUUCCUGAAACAUUGGGCGCUGCGGGCUUUAUAGGGGCUGGGCUGGGCUGUCCCGUGCUCUUCCCUCGCCGAGUCUCCUCCGCGCUCCGCUGGCUGUCGCGGGAGGAAGUGUGCAGGGUUCGUCUGGGCAGCAGGAGAGCGGGCAGCAGUGACAGCCCCAGAUACCCGCCCUCUGCCCGGGAAGGCGGUGCCGGCGGGACCUUCCUGCCAGAGACCCGACCUGACCCCGCUGGGACCAACCUGCCAGGAUCGGAGCCCCCUGCACCCCUCCUCUCAGCACCAAUAACAGAGACCACCCACUGCGCUGGGACCUUCCUGCUAGCUGCAGAGAUCUCACCCCACCCUACACGCCUGGGAUCCCUCUGCUCAGCAGCAGUACCAGAAACCACUGCACCUUCCUGCCGGCAGCAGGGACCCUUCGUGUCUCCGCUGGGCUCUUCCUAGCGGGAGUAACAGAGACCUUCCUGAUACCCAGGGAGACUUGCUCCCUCCCCUUUGCACCGCAAAGACUUUCCUGCAAAGAACGUUAGGGACGCCGCGCUUCAGAGACCCGUUAGCAGAGACCUUCCAACCAAAACUCCUCUUGAAUAUUAGCAGCAGACCCACUCCUCCCUUUGCAAUCCUGAGACGUUCUGGCAGCAGAGACCUACUCCCCACCUAAAUCCAUCCGAGAGGAGCAGAGAGCCCCUUGAGACCGCCGAGCAACAACAGAUCCUCUUUAUUCACCAGUACAUGGAUUAUCUGAUGUCAGAUGAGUGGCCAUUCUGCAGAAUACUUAACACUGUGGCCAAUUGCUGCAAAAGUGAAUCAUGCACUGGCACUGCUCACUCCAGUAUCCUGGUGAUGACUCUGGAUGUCAUGUCAGGUCACAGAGAGAUAGUCCACUCCACUUGAUCACCAUGAAAAUCAAGUUCCAGGCCUCAGAUUGAAUCUGGUAAUGGACCAAUCCUGGUCCUUCACACUACACUGACUUCUGGUGCCGUGCAUGGCACCAUUUCUGCCUAGAAGUGAGGAAUACAUGGAUCACUGUACUUGAGUCCACAUUUAAUAGGAAGAGGUGCAACUUCCUGGUCAGCCAAAGAUGUGUUUUAAAGCGCUUUGCUGCAAGGGACCACCACCUCCACGACCUGAAUAUGACUUGGUUUGUAUAGGUCUCACUGGUUCUGGCAAGACAAGUCUACUGUCACAGCUUUGCAGUGAAAGCCAAGAGAAUAUAGUUUCUACAACAGGUUUUAGCAUAAAAGCAGUGCCAUUCCAGAAUGCCGUCUUGAAUGUAAAAGAACUUGGAGGGGCUGACACUAUUAGGAAGUACUGGAGUCGUUACUACCAAGGAUCCCAAGGGGUAAUAUUUGUAUUAGACAGUGCCUCCUCGGAAGAUGAUCUAGAAACGGCGAGGAAUGAACUACAUUCUGCUCUUCAGCACCCACAGUUAUGUACUCUACCAUUUUUAAUAUUGGCCAAUCAUCAAGACAAGCCAGCAGCUCGCUCAGUGCAAGAGCACUGCACUACACCGGAUGGUUUUCAGAAUUUCCGCAUAUGCACUUUUUCUUCCAGAAGAAUAUAACCUUGUUUUGUGGAGCUGGACCAACUGUGGGCUUACUUGAAGAAUCAAAGUUGUUAAAAAUAAAACUCAGAGCAUCCGUGACAGUUCUGCAACAUAAUAGAAGGGAUAUGAAAUUAAGAGAAGCUUGAAUAAAUGAAUGCAAGUGAAUUAUCAGGGUUCAUUUAAGAUGUGGGAGACAAGCUUUACCCGUAGACUGACUUUACUGUAUUGAUUACUUAAUGCCAUUUUACAAGCUAGUUUAUUUUCUCUGGAAAUUUCAGUUUACUUAUGAUGUGAUUGUUAAACAUAACAUUCAGUAGUUUGAGUACCAUUCUAGUUGUCUACUAUCAUGUCAUAUCCAUAUCAGUAACUCCUCAAAAUGGAUCAUAUAACAAUGUCAUGGGAUAGCCAUUCAAAUCUUGAAGAAAUAAAUGUAAUAAACCCUCAGCAUUUCAUAGCCUGUUGGCUAAAGGAUUAGCAACUAGAUCAC